UCUCUCUUCACGUUUUCGAUGGGUAUUUUUGGUAAUUAUUUCCGUACAUCCCUUCCUUUUAUAUCUUAAACUUAAUCCAUCCGCAGGGAAGAAGAAAGACCAUAAGCAAGAAGACUCAGAACAAAUAGAGAUUAAAAUCAAUGGCGUUAGAUGCACUUGCCGGAAUCAAUAAUGCUCUAAUCGCAACAUCAUUGAGGGCAUCCACCAGAGCUUACACCACCGACCACUUCCACACGGAAGUAGAAGGCGAUACAGUCUUUUUUGCUUUCAAACCAUCUUUCUUGGAGAAAGAUUGGUUUGAUCCAGAGAACAAAUCUUCCUUUGGAGAAACCAAGAUGAACCGUGAACACUUCCCUUGUAUGAGAAGCAUCGGCAACGACGUUGACGCAACCGUCAACGAAGCUUUCCUCAAGAAUCUCCAGCUUCUCAUUUCAACCUCAUUUCCUCAUUCCGUUAAAACGGUUGUCGACAGCAUGAGAAGUCAACGGAUAGUCUUCACAGGACAUUCCUCAGGAGGCGCAACUGCAAUCUUAGCAACGGUUUGGUAUUUGGAAACAUACUUCACAAAGCAGAGUGGUUUCUUCCCUGAGCCUCUUUGUUUAACCUUUGGAGCUCCUUUGGUCGGUGACUAUGUCUUCAAACACGCUCUCGGGAGAGAGAACUGGAGCCGCUUCUUCGUGAACUUCGUCACAAGAUUCGAUAUCGUCCCUAGGAUCAUGCUUGCUCGAAAGGCGUCAACAAAGCAAACUCUCACUCGUGUACUUCCCCAGUUGGAUCCUAGAGCUUUGGUCCAAGAAAACGACCAGAGCAUCCCAUUGUUUUUCACAACGGUGAUGAAAGACACAGCAACUGUGGCUCACCAAGCUGUUUGUAAACUGAUUGGAAACGGAGAGCCGUUUUUAAAAACACUUUCAAGUUUCCUUGAGUUGAGUCCUUAUAGACCAGCAGGGACUUUUGUAUUCUCUACAGGGACGAGAUUGGUCUCAGUGAGCAACUCAGAUGCUAUUCUUCAGAUUCUGUUUUACUCUUCUCAGUCAAGCAACGAGCAAGAGUUGUCUCUAAGACCAUAUCAAAGCAUAAGAGAUCAUCGUACCUAUGAGGAGAUGGUACAUUCAUUGGGAAUGAAAGUUGUUGAGCAACUGGAUUUACAUCACUUGCCUUUGAAUGGUGGAGACUCUGCACUCAGUGACCUUGGACUGAGCACAAGAGCUAGACAAUGCGUCCGUGCUGCAUUUGAGGCAGAGAAGAAGAGAGUCGAUAACCAAAGCAAGAUAGGCACAAAGAAGCCUAGAAUAAUAGAGAGGCUGACAUGGAUAGAGGAUGACUACAAGCCAAAGUGUCUAACUCAUAAAAUAGGGUACUAUGAUUCCUUCAAGGAAUCUAAUGAAGAGAAAGACUUCAGAGCAAACGUCACUAGAGCUGAGUUAGCUGGUAUAUUCGACGAGGUGCUCGGUCUAGUGAAAGAAGGCCAACUUCCAGAUGGUUUUGAGGGGGGCAUUGAGUGGAUAGAGCUAGCAAAUCGUUACCGUAGAUUGAUCGAACCACUUGAUAUUUCAAACUACCACAGGCACUUGAAGAACGAAGACACAGGGCCUUAUAUGAUACAUGGAAGACCAAACCGUUACAAACACGCUCAGAGAGGGUAUGAGCAUGAUUUAAUGAAGGCAGGAAGGAGUGCAGAAGAGAUAAAGAGAUCUGAGUGUGGAUCUUGCUUUUGGGCUGAGGUUGAAGAACUAAGGGUAGAAGCAUAUGAUAAAGAAAGGGUUACGAAACUAGAAAAGUCGCUUCAAGGAUGGAUCAGUGACGAGGAAGUAGAUGAUAAGCAUAUUUUUCUGGAGGGCUCAACGUUUAGAAAGUGGUGGGAUUUGCUUCCUGAGGUUCACAAAGUCGAUUCUCUGCUGGGAGUGUAUAUGGCUUGAACCAGAAAAAGGUGGAUUGUUUUAAGCUAUUUUGGAACUUCCUUUGUGCAAUAAAGAGAUGUUAUAGCUCUCUAUUAUAAUGUUUUUUUUUUCAAUUUGAUUUCUACUUCAGGAUGAUCUUGUAAUAAGAAAAAACAUGCUCUACCAUCAUGAAUCUAUAUAAUAAUAGUUCACUUCUAAGGCUCC